CACAUGCACGUAGACCAUAAUCCCUAGACAAAACUACACAGAGUGGGUGGCGUUCGUGUUUUUAACUUUCCUUAACAAGAUUAACUUAUAAGCAGUAAUUAGUUGAACUUCUGCUGGAGUCUUAAAUCCUCUGGAAAUGGAUGAGUUUUUGCUCUUUCUUCUGCUCCUGCUGAUGGGCAGAAAUGGUCUGUGUCAACAAGAAGAAGUUUGCACAAAGUCGGUGAUCAACUCCUGUGAUGACUGUAUCAAAUCUGGGCCAUACUGUGUGUGGUGCAAACAGCUGAAUUUCACCAAAGCAGGUGAGCAGGAAGCAGCACGGUGUGACACCAAAGCUCAACUGAAAGCCAGAGGCUGCGGGGAAGAAGAAAUCAUCUCCCCUAACAUCAGUAUAAAGCCUGAAAAGAAUGUUUCAUUGUCCAAAUCAUUCAACCAGCAGGAGCCUGUCCAGCUAUCUCCGCAGGAGAUUAGUCUGAAAGUACGACCAGGACUUCCUAUCACAUUCAAUGUUUCUUUUAAAAGAGUUGAGGGUUAUCCAGUUGAUCUCUACUACCUAAUGGACCUGUCGUAUUCCAUGAAAGAUGACUUGGCAAAUGUCAAAAAACUGGGAGAAUCUCUUUUUCAAGCUCUGAAAGAGAUCACUGAACAUGCUCAAAUAGGAUUUGGUGCCUUCGUUGAUAAGACAGUCCUUCCUUACACAAACACCAACAAGGAGAAACUGCUGAAGCCAUGUGAUGAGGAAGAGGCUGACCAGCAGUGUCAGGCCGCCUUUGGCUACAGACAUGUGCUCAGUAUGACACCAAGCGAGAAGGAGUUCAGAAACAAAGUGAAAGACCAGUAUAUUUCUGGAAACUUGGACUCUCCUGAAGGGAGUCUGGAUGCCAUGAUGCAGGCUGCUGUAUGUGGGGACAAAAUAGGAUGGAGGAACAGCAGCACUCGGCUGAUUGUACUGACCACUGAUGCUGGAUUCCAUAUGGCUGGUGAUGGGAAAUUGGCUGGUAUACUUGAACCCAAUGAUGAGCAGUGCCACAUGGAGGGCAACCUUUAUAUCAAGAGCAGUGAGAUGGACUACCCGUCUGUUGGACAACUAGCUGCACAGUUUAAAAAACAUAAUAUUCAGCCAAUAUUUGCAGUGACAAAUAAUAUGGAGGCUGUGUACCAGCAACUCUCUAAUAUGAUCCCAAAAUCAGAGGUGGGAGUUUUGUCAUCAGAUUCUGGUAACAUUGUUCAGUUGAUUAAAGACGCCUACAAUCGGUUGUCCUCCAAAGUAACUGUGACCCAUGACAAUCUCCCUGACGAUGUGAGCGUUGUCUACAAACCUAUAUGCAAACAUCCACAACCAAGCGACAAUGAAGGGAUUUGUGACAAUGUGUCCGUGGGAGAGGAGAUCUCUUUUGAAGUCACUGUGACAGCACGGUCAUGUAUGGAGAGGAAGUCUUUCACUAUCAGACCACUGGGUAUUAAGGACACAUUGACAGUGACCUUAUCAACAAACUGCGAGUGUGAGUGUGAAGUGGAUGAGACAAACCAUGUACACUGCAGGGAGAAGGGAAGAGUCAGCUGUGGUAUUUGCAGAUGCAAUGAUGGCUAUGUUGGUCAGUUCUGUGAGUGUGCCAUUGGCGACAAAGACGAGCGUUCCCUACGUGCAUCCUGUCAGAGACAGAAUGGCACUGAGUGUGAGAAUCGAGGAGACUGCGUGUGUGGCAGAUGCCAGUGCCACAGGACAGAGCAGGGAAGCUAUUUCCAUGGCGACUUUUGUGAGUGCGACGAUGAAAACUGUGAGAGGUUCCAGAAUAAACUAUGUGGAGGAAAUGGUAAGUGUAAUUGUGGCACAUGUGAAUGCAACAAAGACUACGAGGGCUCAGCCUGUCAGUGCAAGAAGUCUUUAGAGGGCUGUCGUACACUGAACGGCAGCGAGUGCUUUGGCAGAGGGACCUGCAAGUGCAACCGUUGUGAGUGUAAGGAGGGAUACCAGCGUCCACGAUGUGAGACGUGCCUUGGCUGCCCUGACCCAUGCUUGACCAAACUGAACUGCAUUGAAUGCCUCGGCUUUCAGUCGGGUCCCUUUGAAAAAAACUGCAGCGAGGCUUGUGGCAAGAGUAUUUUUGCUACAGUGGUAGACCAGUUCACCUUUUCAGACAAGCUGUGCCACCUGAAGGACUCACAGAGCUGCUGGGUCGAUUUUAAGCUGAAACAGCUGGUCGGAGAGGAUAACUACAAGGCUGAAAUUCUUAAACAGAGAGACUGUCCAAAACCACCCGACAUCACAGCUAUCAUCGGAGGCUCUAUAGCAGGUGUGGCUCUCAUUGGCCUCCUGAUACUGAUGCUCAUCAAGUUACUCAUCCACCUUAACGACCUGAAAGAGUUCAAGAAAUUUGAAAAUGAAAAGAAGAAAUCACGGUGGGCAGAGGCCGACAACCCACUGUUCCAGAAUGCUACCACCACAGUGGCCAACCCCACCUUCACUGGAGAGUGAGGGCUUCCACUGCAGCUCAGUGUUAUUUGCAAAUGUCCUCUACUGGUAUUAAUGGGGACUUGCUUACUAUCUUACUGAUGGAUCACUCUCAUUUACCGCCUACAUGAUUAUCAGUUGCACUGCAUUUGUUUUGUCCAAAAAUUAUGCACUUUUGUUCAUUGCUUACAAUACUUAUGAGUGAGUUACAUCAUAAUGUAGUUCCAAACUAUUACUAACAUUCUAAGAAGAAGGGCUUUUCUAGAGGAGGUAGCCACGCUAAAUCAAAUUACAACUUGGAGGCAUAGUAGUGGUCAUUUGACCAUGAUGUAGCUUGUUUAUUACCUAACAUUAGCUUUUUACUUAUGGUGAUUUAGGUUUCAAAAAUCAGAACAGUAGUGUUCAUGUGUGAACACUGUAUUGCUGAACAAAAUUUUUAAGUAUCAUAAACUUUUGUUGGUCGCAGAGCUUAUUUUCUAAUCCAAAACCCAAUGAAAAAUUCCAUUGGCCCACUGUUCCAGAAUGCUACCACCACAGUGGCCAACCCCACCUUCACCAGAGAGUGAGGGCUUCCACUGCAGCUCAGUGCUCACUCAACAAAACACAGUUCUGCUCUCUGCAGACUUAGGCCUGUUUGUUAUAAGAAUAUUAUUUGCUUGUGUAUUAUUUUCAGAUGUCAUCUACUGGUAUUAAUGGGAACUUGCUUACUAUCUUACUGAUGUGUUACUCUCAUUUACUGCCUACAGGAUUACAGUUGCAUUGCAUUUGUUUUGUCCAAAAAUUAUGCACUUUUGUUCAUUGCUUACAAUACUUAUGAGUGAGUUACAUCGUAAUGUAGUUAAGUUUAUAAUGAUACAGUAUGACAGUUUAUGGUGUGGUUACAGCAUGUACAGGAAAGGCAGAAUAUAAUUAUGUAUGACACAUAUCUAUGAUAUAAGGACAUUAAUACUUUUUUUUCUGUGUGUGGUUCAUACUUACAAGGAUUCCUAAAAUGACUCUUUUUACUGUUUAUCUAUAAAAUCACAUUUCCAAAUGCCAAA